AAAUGUAACUAAUUCACACAUCACACCAAAAUAUGUAUUUGUCUUCUUUUGUAACAUCAUCGUCACACCCUUAACGGCGUAGGUCCAUGUACAGGGCGUAGGUCCAUGUACAGAGCAUCUGUUUAUGUGGUUUAACAUGAGCUGCUCAUUUAAGCAGAGUUGUGAUAUUUAUGGGUUUUAAAUGAAAACACAGAAUAAAACCAUGUGCUUUAAGAAUCUUUCACACUCUCUCUCUAUCUUUAUAUAACCACAUGCCUUCUCUUCAACAUCAUCAUCAUUACAGUGUUUCCUUAUCCCUACCCUUUGAAGCAAAAAUAAAACUCCUUCUGUUCUAUUCAUCACCAUUGCUCUAAGACAGCAUCAAAACCAUAUCUUUAAUAGAGCCAAAGAUGCUGCAGAUUGUUGGCAAGUAUAGGUGGAGACAAUCAUGUCGUUAUAAGAAGCUAACGAAUCAACAUGAAAACUUGACUGCAUUGCCACCACCACCAACAAGGUCGACUAAAAGGCAGAACUCGGGGAAGAAGAGCGAGAUUCGAGCAAAAGGGUUUAGACUAAACCGAUCAAGAAAGCUGGUUCUUAAGGCAUUAGCUUUUCCUAGAAGGUUAUUUAACAUUUAUGUGCGUAUCACAAAUAAGAUGAACAGAGAAGGUUUAUAUCCUAAUCUUGUAUUUUCUUCUCAUUUGGGUUUCCCUAUGAACUCAAGAGGUGGGUUCUGUUAGAGAGAAGAGGUCUGCUUCUGAUUAAUCAUACAAGAAUGAUACAUAAAAAUGUGAAGCCAAUGAUUACAUUACAUACAUACAAUGUUCUUGUAACUUGCCAUGUUUAUUGAUUUGGAGAAUAAUUGAAACAGAGUUCAGAGUU